ACACAAAUCUCCCCAAACGUAAAUGGAUCUCUCAGACAUAGCCAAGAAGCUUGACCUCUCCGACUCCAAGCAAGUCGUCCGCAGAGCCGCCGAACUCCGCCGCCUCUGCGACAUUCAGUUCGAUUCUUCCGUCAUCGGCGUCGGCGAGGUGUGCAAGGCAGUGAUCUGCUUAGAAAUAGCAGCGACAAGGUCGGGGAUUUUGUUUGAUCGGCACAAGGCGGUAAAGGUUAGUGGGAUGUCGGAGAAGGCUUACACUAGAUCCUUUAAUUCAUUGCAGAACGGCCUCGGCGUCAAGAAUAAAUUGGAUGUUAGAGAAUUGGCGAUUCAGUUUGGGUGUGUUCGGAUCAUUCCUUUUGUCCAAAAGGGUUUGUCGCUUUACAAGACUCGGUUUCUGGCAUCAUUGUUGCCUUCGCGGCGGGCAGGCGCUGACUUCACUCGGCCUGUGUUUGUAGCUGUAGCAUUCUAUUUGUGUGCAAAGAAACAGAAGCUAAAAGUAGACAAGAUUAAAUUAAUUGAGCUCAGUGGUACUUCUGAAGCUGAAUUCUCUUCGGUUUCUGUUUCUAUGAAGGACUUGUGCUUUGAUGUUUUUGGGACCGAAAAGGAAAAGAAAGAUCCCAAGGAUAUCAAGGGGAACCGAGAACUUCUUGAUGUUUUGCCAGAAAAAAGGAAACUUGAGGAUGGUGGUUAUUCAUCUGAUGAAGGAUGUGAGCCUUCAAUGUAUAAAAAACGCAAAACAAUGGACAAGCAGGCGUAUGAGAGUUGGAAGAAAACUGUUGUUGCAUCCAAUAAACAAACCAAGGCAAAAGUUCUUUCCAAGCGCACCACACAAAUCGGCCUAAGCUUCUUUCUGAAGAAAGCACCUGAUACUCAGAAUUUGGGGGCUACUUAGUACACAUAUUUCUCUUCUUUUGUCCAACAAUGAAGGACAUACUUCAUAAAGAAAAACAAAAAGAAAAAAGAACAGAUUCUGUAAUCCCCAUUUUGUGAAAUCUCUACAGCUAUUGCAAGUUUACAACUGACAAUGUGUAUGGAACUGAAGUUUCAUCUUUCAUUUCAGCCCUUUUGGGUAAUGAAAUUAUACAACUAGUACCCCAAAUGCAUUCAUGUGACUUCAGAACUUGGCAACAGUCUUGCAUUGAUGAU